CUAUAGUCCAUAAGUAUCGCACAACUAUAGCUGACGUGGUGGGGAAGUGGGUGCGUCCUGCUACUGACCAACCGAUUGUCACACGUAUAGGAACUGUAAUAUCAUAGUUUAACGAAAAUACAUUCAUUGCAAAAAUUUUUGUUUCAUUCGUUGUUGCCGAUAAAUAAUAAUGUCACAACAACAAUAUUAUCCUUUUAAAUGUACACCUACAGUAUAUCCUGCUGAUCCAUUUGACGCAAAUGCAGAUGCAGCAUUGUUGCGUAAAGCAAUGAAAGGUUUCGGUACUGAUGAGAAAACCAUUAUCGAUGUGCUCACAAGAAGAGGCAUUGUACAGCGUUUAGAAAUUGCUGAAGCAUAUAAAACAUUGUAUGGAAAAGAUUUGAUUAGUGAUUUAAAAAGUGAACUUACAGGAAAAUUAGAAUACGUCAUAGUUGCUCUUAUGACACCAUUACCUCAUUAUUAUGCUAAAGAAUUGCAUGAUGCGGUUAGUGGAUUGGGAACUGAUGAGGAAACCAUUGUAGAAAUUUUAUGCACUUUAAGUAAUUAUGGUAUUCGCACAAUUGCAGCAUUCUAUGAAAACUUAUAUAGUAAAACUCUUGAAAGCGAUUUAAAAGGAGAUACUUCAGGACAUUUUAAAAGAUUGCUGGUUUCACUUGUUCAAGCAAAUAGAGAUGAAAAUCAGGGUAUAGAUCAAGCUCAGGCCAUGGCUGAUGCACAAGCACUUUACGAAGCUGGUGAAAAACAGUGGGGAACAGAUGAAUCUCAAUUUAAUGCUAUUUUAGUAUCUCGUAGUUACCAACAGUUAAGACAAACUUUUAUUGAAUACGAGAAAAUAUCUGGACAUGACAUAGAAGUUGCUAUUAAAAAAGAAUUUUCUGGAAAUCUUGAAAAAGGUCUCCUUGGAAUAGUAAAAUGUGUCAAAUCAAAAGUAGGUUUCUUUGCUGAACGAUUACAUGCUAGUAUGCGUGGCAUAGGUACAAAAGACCGAUCACUGAUUCGCAUUAUUGUUUCCCGAAGUGAAAUUGAUUUGGGUGAUAUUAAAAAAGCUUUUGAAGAACGAUAUGGAAAAUCAUUGGAAAGUUGGAUUGCUGAUGAUACAUCUGGCGAUUACAAAAAAGCUCUUCUUUCAUUAGUUUCUACAUAAUCCGAAUAAACUGUUUAAAAUGGAAGUAUAAAAUCUGAAUAUUUAUGAUACAAUUGUAUGACAAGUAUCUUUUCUAAAAUAUGGAAUAACAUAUUGCUUCAAUUACUAACAUUAAGUGCAUUACUAAAAUAUAUAACUAUGGAAGAUAAUGAUUAUAUGAUCUGUUCUAUGAUCUGCGUUUUGUAAUGAAUUAAAUUUAUUUUUGAUGAAAUGUUUUACAAAAUCGCACUGUUAUAUACUAUUUUUUAAAUUUAAUGUUUUAAUGUAUUUUUCAAUAUGGAUAUUAUAUUUAUAUAAAUUGUUGUGAAAUUUAUAAGAAAAUAAAAAUACUGUAAACGUUA